CGUACGAUUCACGCAGUGCUUCCUGAAUAACGCUGCAGAUGCUCUAGUCUAGAAAACAUUACGCCGUUUAUCUACUUUUCAUAACUAAUUCGUUUGUGGUGUAUCAGAAUGGAAAUGCACCACAUUAUUUUGAUUUCUUUCUUCAUCAUGGGAACAAUGGCGGGGAAGUACUCAAAAGAAAUGAAUGAACAAAAGGCAUCUGAUAAAGGGAACAAUCAGGUGGAAUUUAGGAUUGCCAAACUUAAUCAGGUUUGGGAAAAGGCAAUAAGGAUGCAGCUCGCUCCGGUGCGGCUGUCAGAACUACACAGUGACCUGAAGAUCCAGGAGAAAGAUGAACUUCAGUGGAAAAAGCUGAAAGCAGAAGGCUUGGACGAGGAUGGAGAGAGAGAAGCCAAGCUGAGACGCAAUUUUAGUAUUAUUCUGGCAAAGUAUGGAAUGGAUGGGAAAAAAGACACUCGGACAUUGGACAGCAACAGAUUGAAAGAUCAUGAUGUUAAAGAGGGAGAUACAUUUGAUGACCCCAGAUUGGACAAGCUGUGGAACAAGGCCAAAACGUCUGGAAAGUUCUCUGAAGAGGAACUCCAAAGCCUGCAGAGAGAAUUCCAGCACCACAAAGACAAGAUCAAUGAGUACAACAUUGUCAUGGAUACUGUCAGCCGGACCGAAGAGAUCCAUAAGAACAUAAUCAGUCCACUGGAGAGUGAAGGGAAGGAACAUGUUCUCCAUCAGAAACAUUCAGAUCUGAAGCAGAGAAUGAGAGACCUUAACCAGGGCUUUGAACGGCUCCGCAAGAUCACCCAUGAAGGUUACAGUGCUGAGAGUGAAUUUAAGGAGCCACGAGUCAUAGAGCUUUGGGAGAUGGCAAAAAGAUCUAAUCUUACUGAGGACGAACUUAUCUCUCUUAAAGAGGAACUUAGACACUUUGAAACAAAGGUGGAAAAGCACCAGCACUAUCAAGAGCAGCUGGAACUGUCACAUCAGAAACUGAAACAUGUGGAAGCCCUGGGAGAUGAAGAACACAUCAUGAGAAAUAAAGAAAAAUACAACACUCUUGCUGAAAAAGCACGAGAAAUGGGAUACAAGAUGAAGAAACACUUGCAGGACUUGAUGAAUAAGAUUUCCCGAAAUGGAUUGCAACACAAUGAACUCUGAAUUCCAUUUUCUUGCCAACAUGACAACACUACUAAAAGUUAUAAUUAUUCAGAUGUCGCAUAUGCAGUUUCCCUUCUAAAAUGUUUUCCAACAUUAAUGAUUUAUGGGUUAUGAAAACUAGAGCAUUAUUGUACAUUUAUUUUACAGUUUCAAUUAGGAAGUUGGGCUAUUUGGUAGUUCUUGGUACUGAUUAUCUUUUUUUCUCAUUUUUUUCUUUGAAGAGUAGUGAUCGGUUCUGCUUUUACUGCUCAUUUUCCAUUUCAAGUUUGUAAAUUAUUACAAGCUGAUGUUAGAUGUACAGUGUUAUUGCUAAAAUCAUUAACAUUAUAUUAAUUGUGGCCAAAUUUAUGUUGCUGAAUUUUUGUGCGGUAUAUUUAAUAAUCUUGAUAAACCUACCAAACACACACUGAAGCAUGUGGAGCAUCCUGCAGACAUGUAGGUGCAAAAUAAUUUAACAUUUCAGCAUUCCAUUGUGUCCCCACAACACCACAGCAUAAUGUAUGAAUUUUAACUUAAACUUUCAUUGCAGUAAUUCGCUUGCAAACAUUGCAUUCUUUUUAGGGUGCAAAUUCAGGACAAUACCCCUUCAUGAAAGAUGGUUCUGUCCCUGCACAGAUUCGACUUAAUAGAAAUGUAACCUUUUUAAACAGCUAAACUUUUCACAUCUGGACAAGAAAAAAAAAAAAAAAAAAAAGAUGUGCUUCAAUGGACAAAUCUAAAAGGGCUGGACAAGAAAGGAGACACAACUUUAAUGGUCAGACUUGGCAUGGUGGACCUUGAGUCGGCUAUUAUUCUGUAUGAAUCACUAAGUAGCAUUAGGUAUCUCCUUGGAAUCUACCUGGUGAUCUAUAUGAAGGACAGUAGUUGGAACUGCAUCAACACUGUUAACUUUUUUUUUCUUCUCAAAUUUCCAACAUUUAAGCAUUUUGAGAUUUGUCACAAAAAUUAUAAUAUAAAUUGCAAACCAAUUGUUUAGGCGAAGUACUGUUGUUACUUCUAACAGAAGUUUGCGGUUUAAAACACUUGCAAUGGCUUUGUAAGUUCAUAUUCAUACAAAUCCAACAUGCUAAUGAAUGUUUGUGUCUUCUGCUAGCUUACAUUUAUGUAGUUGAUCAUGGUAUUGAAACAUUUCAUGGACAACCAUGGUUAAUGAUGUUAGAUGAUCACUUUUUAUUACUGCUGUAAUAUUCAAUAUAGAAAUGUCAGAAAAUAAUAUUUGAGGAAAUACAACUUCUUAUGAAAUGUGUAAAUGUACAGUGCAAAAUUGGUCACUAAUAGAAUUAUAUAUUUACAGUUGUCAACAGUCAAAGAA